AAAAAAAAAACCGCUCCCGGAUUGUUCGCCGCCGCAGACGCUUCUUCUUCCAGCUCGGUUACGGACGGUGGUGCUGCGAUGGAAACGGGCAGGACAUUUAGAUCCGUGGACACAAUGGCCUGAAACUGCAGCUCAGUAUGGCAGGAAAAUAAGAGGAACCGAACAAACGUGUCAGGUGGCACCGUUGCAGCAGGAGGAUGCCGCUGGUGAAGCGCACCAUUGAGCCGAGGCACCUGUGCCACACGGUUCUGCCAAGAAACGUCAAAAAUGAGCUGGAGUGUGUGACCAACAUCUCCUUAGCAAACGUCAUCCGCCAGCUCAGCAGCCUCAGUAAGUAUGCAGAGGACCUGUUUGGGGACCUAUUCAACGAGGCACACACCUUCUCCUUCAGGGUCAACUCUCUGCAGGAGCGCGUGGACCGCCUCUCCAUCAGCGUCACGCAGCUGGACCCCAAAGAAGAAGAGUUGUCUCUUCAGGAUAUCACCAUGAGGAAGGCCUUCAGGAGUUCCACCAUUCAGGACCAGCAGCUGUUUGACCGCACGUCGCUGCCUGUGCCGUUACAGGAGACUUUCCACACCUGCGAGCAGCCGCCGCCUCUCAACAUCCUCACGCCCUACAGGGACGAUGGGAAAGAGGGUCUGAAGUUCUACACUAAUCCGUCCUACUUCUUUGACCUGUGGAGAGAGAAGAUGCUGCAAGACACCGAAGAUAAGCGGAAGGAGAGACGGAAACAUAAGUUGCAGGAUUCCCGCAUGUAUGAUCAGGUCUAUAGGUACUUAGACCUUCCAGGGCAGCUGAAGGCGAUAGACCGUCCACAGGAACUUGAGAAGGUACCGCGGGCGCCCCACGACCGUAAGAAGGAGUGGCAGAAACUGGCACUGGGUGCAGAACUGGCCCAGGACCUACCUGAAGACAAACACAGAGAGGCCAACGGCUCAGCGGGUUACCACGACAACAAGGCUCCUUUGUACAUGGAGCAGUUGGACGGGCCUUUCUCACUCGCGGCGCUGCCCUACAGCCAGAUGAAUGAGCUGUUGAACCGUAGCGGGGACAGAAUGUAUUCACGGCCCCACGACCCUCCACCGCCACCACCUUCCAUGCACCCACUGGGAGAGAUCAAACCACCUUCUGUGAUCAGCUCCAGCUCUGGUUUUUCCGACAGCAGACCGCAGUCUCCGGCCAGGACAACAGGCCUCAACUCAAACACUCCUCCCCCUCCUCCUCCCCCUCUUCCUCCUCCCCCUCCCCCUUUACCCACGUCCGGCCUGCGGGGAACUCCUCCUCCCAUUCCGCCCCUACCGGUCCACCAACAACCUCUGGUCAUCCCUCCUCCACCUGCUCCUCUCCAGAUCGCUCCGGGAGUCCUCCACCCUGCCCCGCCCCCUGUGGCCCCCCCACUGCACUCCUCCUCUCCAGCCCGUCUCCAGCAGGUACUGGACAAGGGCCCACCCCCGGGCUCUGUAGCCCACUCAGAUGGCUCCGCCUUGCCUCCACCGCCACCACCUCCGCCUCUACCCCUCCCAGGAGCACGGAGUUCCUCGCCCUGUUCGUUGGGCCCGCCUCCUAUCCCUGCAUUCCCCUCAGCAGGAGCCAUGGCCUCCCCAAAACCACGCGCCACCAUCCACGAAGCGGGACCCAAGAGGCAUCAUCCAGCCAAUCUGCCCCCCAUCAGCGAUGCACGGAGUGUCCUGCUGGAAGCUAUCCGAAAAGGCAUCCAACUGCGGAAAGUGGAGGAGCAGCGAGAGCAGGAGGCGAAGCACGAGCGCGUUGGCAACGACGUGGCCACCAUCCUCUCUCGCCGCAUCGCUGUGGAGUACUCAGACUCAGAGGAUGAGUCUGAGUUUGAUGAAGGAGACUGGAUGGAGUGACAGUUGAGAGAAACGAGAGCAGCGUGUGGUUGGGUGAGGCAGAACGCGUCUCUCACACCUCCGUGCUCUACAGCUCGCCAUCCGAAGAGGAGAAGCCUCUUUUCCUCUCUUGUCCUCAGCCUUUUUUAUAAAACACCAUAUCCAUCUUGUUGUGGUUUGUUUGUGGAGGAGGACCUCCACGUCGUGUUCCAAAUGAAGAUAUUUUUUUCCUGCACUACCACAUAACUGUUCUUCACUAGGUUUCUGCUGAUGGAAUCCCACGUUUACUAUUGUUCGAUACUAAAAUGACUGUUUUACAGAGCCACUUGUUUUUUGUUCAUGUUCAGUGUUUUAUGUCU